AUGCCGCCGCCACCACCUCACCGGGAGGGAGCCGCGCCCGCCGCCGCCCCCCGAGCCCCGACAGCUGCCUCGCCUUGCCGCCGCCUCCCUGCAGGGCUCCUGUUUGGACGAAACACCCAAAACUGCGAAACCGUGUUUGCCUCCCCUGUUUACCCGACAGUCCGGGGGGCCCCCGAAGAGCCCCGCCCCGUGCCCUCCCUCUGCAGGCCUCGCCCCCCACCCGGGCCCAGGCACUACCACCGCCUCCUGCAGCCGUGGUUCUGGUUCUGUGCCUCCCUGGCCGUCUCCACCUUCGACGGCUUGGGGGGUGACAUGGGCGUCCCCAACGCCAGCACCCGUCAGCGCCUCCCCUCUGGCCUCCUGCUCCCCCACGUGCGGGCCUGCAGUUUCCUCACCCCAAGCCUUUUGGGCACUCGGCCCCCCCGCACCUCUGCACGCCCGCCGUGUCCGGUGGCCACACCUCAUGUCCUCCGAGCUCCUGACUCACACGCCCAAGUGCCUUCAGGGUUCCUGCGCGUGGACGCCUCGGGGAGUGUUCAAACGGAGCGUGUCCACAGUGGUGCCUCCCAGCUGGUCUCCCAAUCCCACCACCCUCCGUUUCGGGACUUGACUAGUGCUCUUCAAAGGGAAAACGAUGUGCUCGCCCUGCCCAUCUUCAAGCAAGAGGAGCCACAGCUGUCCCCCGAGAGUGAGGCCCGCCUGCCGCCCCUGCAGUACGUGCUGUGUGCUGCCACGUCCCCGGCCGUGAAGCUGCACGAAGAGACCCUAACCUAUCUCAACCAAGGUCAGUCUUAUGAAAUCAGGCUGCUGGAGAAUCGGAAGCUGGGAGACUUUCAAGAUCUGAACACGAAAUAUGUCAAGAGCAUUAUCCGAGUGGUUUUCCACGACCGCCGGCUGCAGUACACGGAGCACCAGCAGCUGGAAGGAUGGCGGUGGAGCAGGCCCGGGGACCGGAUCCUGGACAUCGAUAUUCCACUGUCUGUUGGUAUCUUGGACCCCAGGGCCAGCCCGACCCAGCUGAACGCUGUCGAGUUUCUGUGGGAGCCUUCGAAGAGAGCCUCUGCAUUCAUUCAGGUGCACUGUAUCAGCACAGAAUUCACCCCGAGGAAGCACGGGGGUGAGAAGGGGGUGCCUUUCCGAGUGCAGAUUGACACAUUUAAGCAGAACGACAAUGGGGAAUACACAGAGCACUUGCACUCGGCCAGCUGCCAGAUCAAGGUGUUCAAGCCAAAGGGAGCUGACCGGAAACAGAAGACCGACCGGGAAAAGAUGGAGAAGAGAACUGCCCAAGAGAAGGAGAAGUACCAGCCGUCCUACGAGACCACCAUUCUCACAGAGUGCUCCCCGUGGCCCGACAUGGCCUAUCAGGUGAACAGCGCCCCGUCUCCCAGCUACAAUGGCUCUCCAAACAGCUUCGGCCUCGGCGAAGGGAACAGCUCUCCGACCCACCCAGUGGAGACCCUGCCCUUGGGCAAUGACCACCUGCUUCCAUCGGCCUCGAUCCAGGACGCCCAGCAGUGGCUGCACCGAAACAGAUUCUCACAGUUUUGCCGGCUCUUUGCCAGCUUCUCGGGUGCUGACUUGCUUAAGAUGUCUCGAGACGAUUUGGUCCAGAUCUGUGGCCCUGCCGAUGGGAUCCGGCUCUUUAAUGCCAUCAAAGGCCGGAAUGUGAGGCCGAAGAUGACCAUUUACGUCUGUCAGGAGCUGGAGCAGAACCGAGCGCCCCUGCAGCAGAAGCGGGAUGGCGGUGGGGACAGCAGUCUGUGUGUGUACCACGCCAUCUUCCUGGAGGAGCUGACCACCUUGGAGCUGGUUGAGAAGAUUGCCAACCUGUACAGCAUCUCCCCCCAGCACAUCCACCGAGUCUAUCGGCAGGGCCCCACCGGCAUCCACGUGGUGGUCAGCAACGAGAUGGUGCAGAAUUUCCAGGAUGAGUCUUGUUUUAUCCUCAGUACCUUGAAAGCUGAGAGCAAUGAUGGCUACCACGUCAUCCUGAAAUGUGGCCUCUGAGCGAAAGUCCAGCGUGUGAAGUACGGCCCCCACCCCACAGCCCAAUGGAUUCCCUCGGAUGUAGAAACCGCACCACUCUACGCCGCAGCCUCCCCUGGCGGGCUGUGGCUGGGAGGGACUUGGCCGGCCCAGUCCAGGAAGAUCACAGCCCACGAACCAGCAGAACCCUGCGGAUGCAGUCUCUGGUGUACGGAAAGCCAGCGGCUCCUCUCUCCCUUCCUCUUGGCCUCCAGCUUUUGAAUGUUCCUCGUUUUUUUCCCAGCCCUGCUAUCUUAAAGAGGCAAAUGGCAGGGCCAUCUUCUCUGAAACCCCUUGCUCCCUAGUUGGAGGCCAGUUCACUGAGUGUCUCGGUGCCUUCUGACCAUUCCCCUGCCUCCCGGGAAGGCUGUGCGUCCCCCCGACCUUCACCUUUUCUGGGAACCGGCUCCAUGACCAGGACUGCUGACUGGAUGUAGGUGGCUUGCCAGUGUUCUGUCUUCCUGUUGGUUCCCCAUCUCAGCGACCCUGGUGGGCAUCUGUCUUUCUGCUUCUUGGAUGGAUCGGUGGGAAGGGGACUUAUUCUGUGCCUUCUGCUGCUUUCACCUUGACUCCGUUUCUAAGGACCUGCUUUGGCAGUGCCCAGCGAUGGGCUCCUGUCUCUGCAGUGGUGAUGUAGACACCACGAUGCUUGUGUAGGACUGGCCACAUAGACCUAGGUCUGUGCCCUUGGAAGGAAGAAGGAGAGGAUAGAACAACUAUUUUUCAGGUACGUUCUCACGAGUAUGAAAGGGAUGAGAACAGAAUGAUAUUUUGCUUGAGCCCCUUUUAUGUAAUUUUAUGCCCUAAGCAAUCAUGGGUAAGGAAGAUUAGGAAAUGAGUAUUCGGCUAUGUGAUCAGAUGACCUUGAUGGUCAUGAUAGCAGGCCCUGUUGGAUGGACUUAACCAGGUCCCAUUUAAAGAAGACCUUGGCUGACGACUGCCAAACUUACCAAGUUUCCUAGGGUUCAUCUUUUCUGUGCGGCCCCAAUUUAAAUGUUUAUCUUUUUUCAUGCAUGGAGGGAGUGUUUAGGGCAUUUUGCCUGCAUUGGAGUGGUUGGAUCACGUUUCUUAGUGGCUUAAUUCUGGGGAACUCUGAUUAUCAGUAACCAGUAAACUCAGCAAUUAGGCUUUGUCUUGCGUCUGUUUCCCGGCACGCAGUGAUCUAUACUCUUCGCUAACUUAGGUUUAACUUUCAGAGCAUUGAGAAGCCCUAUGAUCAAUGGAGCAGGAUUUUACAACUUCUAAAGCAGAGCUUUAGGAGAUUAUAGCGCUGGGGUCAAAGAUGAUCUGAACUGGGUAGACCUUGCUUUCCAGUUGGGGAAAAUGAAACCUAGAGGGGCAGAGCCAUCUGCCUGAUAUCACACAGUGAUAGGGCGAUGAUAGAAACUCAUUAUAUAAAUCAAGACACUUCUCAGGGUGAAAGGGGCUCUCUAAGUAAGAGUGAUGUUGGGACCACAGGUGGUAUGGUGUUCCUACAGAGUAAAACAGGCUCCUGAUUCCUUUCCUGUUUUGCGGGAGGGGGCGGGAGCAGGUAACAGCUUUAUUGAGAUACAAUUCACAUACAAUACAGUGUACCCAUUCAGAGCAUACCGCUCUAUGGUUCUUAGUAAAUUCACAGAAUCAGCACAUUCAAUUUUAGGACAUUUUUCUCACCCCCAAAAGAAACCCUGUUUCUUUUAGUGAUCACCCUCCCACUUUCCCCCCAGCUCCCCUUGUUUUAGGCAACCACAAGUCUCCUUUCCAUGUAGAUUUACUUAUUCUGGACAUUUCAUGGAUAUGGAAUUACAGUGAGUGGCCUUUUGUUACUGGCUUUUUUUUUUUUUUUUUUCUCUCUCGCGUAAUGUUUUCUGGGGCAUCUGUGUUGAACAUGUAUUCAUACUUCAGUCAGUUCUAUAGUUGAGUAGUAUUUCAUUCUCUGGAUAGAUGUGUCACAGUUUGUUUAUCCAUUCAUUAGCCGAUCGAUACGCGAGUUUCUACUUUUCGGCUGUUUCGAAUGAUGCUGCUAUGAACAUAUUUGUACAGGUUUUUGCAUACAUAAUGUUUUCAUUUCAUUUGGGUAUAUACCUAGAAUGUAUACCCUACAUACAUCUUUCGCCAGGGCGUAUACCCUGGCGUUGCUGGGUCCUACGGAACUCUAUGUUUAACUUUUUGAGAAACUUCCAGAUUGUUUUCCAAAGCAGUGGCACCAUUUUAGCCUCCCACCAGCAGUGUAGGAGGGCUCGUUUUUCAACAUCCUCACCAACACUUGCUGCUUUUUGAUUAGAACAUUCUCUAAUGGGUGUCAAGUGGUAUCUCACUGUGGUUUUGAUUUGCAUUUCCCCAGUGACUACUGACGUUGACCAUCUUUUCAUGUGCUUAUUGGCCAUUUCUAUGUCUUCUUUGGAG